AUGUCAGGUUCUCCUUCCCAAUAUCGUGUUAAUGAUAAUGGAAGCGUUAAUUUACCUUUCGGCCGUGCAGUUAAAACUUACAUUAACUCUUUGCCAUUAUUAACCAACUGCAAACUUAAAAAACAAAGCCGACUUUAUGUAAAUCAGAAUAUCAAGACAGGUUUAAUUACUCUGAAACGUGUUGAAGGAGCUAUUGACUAUCUCUCUUGGAAGACAAUUCAAGGACAAAAUAAAUCGAUGAAUAGACUAGAUGACAUAAUUGAGCUUACUAACAAGGGUCAUGAACGAGUGGCAAAAAUUAAGCAAAAUGCAGCAUCAGACUUAACAGUAUGGCAUUGGGUUUUUUUUGUGAUGGUAACAACAGUUGUGAAAGGGCUUGUGGUAGAAUUGGGGAAUUGUGCUGUACGAGUCAUUAUUAAGGUUAUGCUUUCAGAUAUUGAGGAACUCUUUCCAGUACAAUUGUUUGUUAAAGGGAUACAUGGAUCACAACAUAUGCCUGUGGUAUCACAAUCGAAAGUAUCAAGAAUAAAUCUUAGUCUCCAAGCUCGUGACCAUGCAAUUAUGGCAUACCGCGCACACCACAGUUCUGGCGUAGAAAUUGUACUAAAAUUAUUGGCACCUUACAAUAAUACAAGUGAAAUACACCUUAGACAUAUGCGCCGAAGUAGAUCAGACGAAGAAGCUAUUAUGAUGGGUAAAGAAUAUAGAAAUUUUGUCUAUUUUUUGCCACUAGAUAAUAAUAUAAAAGAUCUUUUGGCUUUUGACUUAGAAAUAAACUGGAUUUGUGAUGAGUAG